UACGACAAAGGAAGUUAGCAGGCUUGCAAGAGACAAGCGACUUCAGUUGUUGCAGUCAUGGAUCCAAAAAGGGUAUGGGCGACAAUAAGAUGCUUGUUUUAUUGUAGCAUAAACAUUGCUGUUGUGCUUGCCUGUGGUGGUGGUGGAUCACGUGAAUGCACGUACCAGGUAUGCUCUGCAAGCUACCAUCCCUGGUCACCGUGGCCAUCCAAUGGCCAGUGCGUCUACCAAUAUGCAAGGGUCAUCCAUUCGUAUAGAACAAUCAAGCAAUCGUCCGGGUGUCCUGGCAACCGAGGCUGCACAGAGAGAGAUCAGGCAAGAGUGUAUUGCUCCUGCAAAGUAAUAGAUCAAUGUCGAUGGGGAGGCUGGGGACCUUUUCAGGGCUCCAUAUCAAAGGGAUCAUGUGGCACACAAAGAAGGUACAGAUAUGCACAGAAGACAUACACCUAUGUGGCAAGAGUUGGAAGUUGUAGUGGAACGGUGACAACCUGCCCUCGUGAAAGUGAUUCACAAACAAGAACUUGGUGCAAUUGCAGAAAAGCAGCAAGAUGUGAACCUUCAAACUGGAGUGCCUGGGCAGGAAAUGUUCCUGAUGGUCAGUGUGGCACUCAAACAAGCUACAGAGACUUUACACCUACGUACCAGUACAUCGAGCAACAGACCAAUUGCUACGGAAUCCAGUCUUCGUGUGAAUCAAGAAGAACUAAUAGCAGAACGUUCUGCAUGUGUCCAUACCUACACUGCACUCUUGAAGAUUGGUCCAAUUGGGUAUUGGUCGCAAACAGUGGGACAUGUCCGAAUGAGCAAAGAGUCAGAAAACACAAAGGCACUACGUUGUUCAAAGGUGCACACAAUGACUGCAUUGGAAUAGGUCCUACAUCAUGCCCAAACGAAAACAAGGAGACUCGGAAAAAACCCACAACUUGUCCAGCAAUUGUUGUUCCGGCCCAUGGGACAUUGCAAGAGCCAGCAUGUGAUGGAGCAAGCAGUUACUGUGGAGCAACAUGCUCUGUUUCAUGUAACAGAAACUAUCCCUUGGAAGGACCUGCAUACGCAACCUGCCUUACAACUGGUCAGUGGAGCAAUUCAAUUGGAGCAUGUAAAGAUUCUAUAAAACCGCAGAUCACGUGUCCAGUAAUACCAGCACACCCAAACAAGCCGAACGAAAAUUACGCUGAAAUCGACCUCCCAGAUGCAGUCGCAAGCGACAACAGUGGUCACGUGACUGUUACUAUCGAUACCAAGUCACCGCUCAAGGUUACAGUUGGUACACCAGUGACAGUUAAAUAUACAGCCGCUGAUGCUGCUGGAAAUACAAGGGAAUGCACAGUUAAGAUCCAAGCUAAAGAUACUGAGCCUCCAAAAGUUGAGUUUUGUCCUAAGGAUCUUAUUGUAUCAACUGAAAGGAUUCCACACACAGUUAUAUGGAGCCGACCGGUAUUCUCUGACAACGUGGACCCUGCCAAUGCGAUCUCAAUCAUUCCAAGCCACCAAAACGGCCAGAAAUUCGGGGAAGGAACAUUCCUCAUUAAAUACAUAGCACACGAUAGAGCACUCAACGAAGCUACUUGUGAAUUCAAUGUCCAAGUGUCAAGAAUGAAAUGUCCGGUGUAUGAACCUCCAAAGCAUGGUGCUUCGACCUGCAAUAUAAAAAAGAUGGGCGUGAAAGAAGUGUUCGUUUGCAGCAUAGCAUGCAAGUCCAACUUCUGGUUCUUACAAGGCGAGGGAAUACCCACCCAAUAUGAUUUUUAUAUAUGUACCGCUGAUGGUGCAUGGAAGGGACAAAAUCAGUUAGAUGUGACAAAUCCUCAGAUGUUCGUGCCGAUUCCAAGCGGAAAGAGUCCUUGGCCAGAUUGUUCAAAAGGGGACCCCCCAUCAGAAGCGAAAAAGCCUUUCAAGCUAGUAGGAGGAUCUUGCUCGCAGGUGGAUAUCACAAAACUGAAAAGUGAAGUUGUUUCUGCACUCAUUAGUGAUCCCGUCAUAGCUAGCCUUUAUUGCACUCGACAAGCACAGCACUGCUCCCUAGAGAAUGUGGAGGUUUCAUGCUCCUCAGUCAGGAAGCGAAGCACUGGUGCCAUUUCAAACCAAGUACACAUCACAUUUGACUUUUACGUCAAGGAUGCUGCCCCGAGCACCGACCAGAACACAGAGAUGUUAAAAAUGACACAAAUCAUUGCAACUAUGGGAUCCCUUGGCAAAGAGGUAAAAAGGGUUUAUGCUUCCAAAGUGCAAACUUCGGUUGCCAACAUAAUCAUGGAAGAAAAAGCCCCAGAACUUGCCUGUGAAGCGGGAUCCACUUUCUCAGUUGUAAAUGGAACAGGAACAGCGAAAGAGCGUUCAAAAUGCGUUAAAUGCCCAGCUGGAACAACGUUUAAUGCCGACUCACGGACCUGUACAGUGUGCCCUGUUGGAACUUACCAAGACAAUGAAGGACAGUUAACGUGUAAGCAGUGUAAACAGGGUUUCUCUACCCAUGGGUACAAAUCUUCAAAUUACACUCAAUGCAAAGAAAUCUGCCGACCAGGGACCUACUCUGCUGAUGGUUUGGCGACUUGCAUCGCAUGCCCGAAAGGAACAUAUCAGCCAUCAUCAAAUAGCACCUCUUGCAUCCCCUGUCCCCAAGGAAAAGGAACUGACAAGAAAGGAUCUGUUGUUCAGACCAGCUGUGUUACUCGAGCCAUUCAAGUGGAGAUCAAGUCUGAAGGUUGUAACGAUCCAACUGUAGCACCUGGCACUUGUGGAAUAGUGACCAUCAAAGUAGAUGGGGUUGACUACUCACAGAAGAGAAGGGGCUACAAUCUUGUGGUGGUCAAUGGGAAUACUGGUGCGAUUGAAAAGUCUGUGUCAUUUGACACUCAUGGGAACUGGAAUGCAAGAGUUGAUCUGAAGAACUUGGUUGACAAUUUAUCUAAUGGAAAAAUUGUUUUGGUUGGCAUACAAGACGAAGCAACUGCUAGAUCCAAUCAAUACUAUGUCUACAGUUCAUUAGAACGCCUUGGGGGUGUUGCAGGGUCAUUCCAAAUGCAGUACAGAGGAUCAUUUGCAAUGGUUGGCUACAAGGGUACAAGCAAGCCAGCAUGGGUUAGACAAGUAACCCCUGCAGCAGGUCGUGGACCAGCAAUACUUGAAGCAACAAUCCCUUUGGUGUAAAAUAAUUCAUUCAGUAUUGAAAAAAUAUUAAUAGUUCGAACUGAUGGUAAUAAGACAUAUCCUCUUAGGUUUUAUUUUGUGUUUUUAAGUGUUAUGUAAUGAUGUCUUCAUUUCAUGAAGUGCUGCUGCUCAUUGCAACUAUUCCAA